AUACUUUCCGCGGCACGGUGGAGGGAUGGCCGUACCGCGCAGCUCGGCUGGCAAACUGAAGCCCACCCUGCCGCCCCACUAUUUUGAGGGCUUCUUGGAGAAGAAGAGUCCCCGGGACAAGGAUUACAAGAAAUACUGGGCAGGACUCCGAGGGCUCACGCUCUAUUUCUACAACACCAGCAGAGACGUCCAGUAUGUGGAGAAAAUCGACCUGGCGGACUUCGUCUCCCUUGCUGAUGAGGACACCCCAAGCGUCGUGGCUACCUGGCCCUUGGAUGGGGCAAGGCUGAAUCUAAAGAUGAGAAGCCAAGAAGUGAAACUGAAGAUGGAGAGCCUCGAUUCUCGGGAGAUGUGGAAAGGUUUUAUUCUCACUAUGGUAGAGAUGAAAAUCCCUUUGACCCUGUCUUUGCUUCCGGGCCAUGUCUACAUGCUUUCUGAAGCCCUCGAGAAAGAAAAACAAAGACGAUGCAAAAUGAACCAGCCUGACCCGAAAGCAGAGAAGGACCUUCCUGACUGUUUCUUCAGGGUCUCCAGGACUGAAGCAGAGGUAUUGCUAGAGAAGAACGAAAACUGUGGCAAUAUGUUACUCCGGCCAGGAGGGGACGGCAAGAGUGUAUCGGUGACCACGCGGCAGAAGGUGAACGGAACCGUGGCUACAAAACACUACAAAAUCUAUGUGGUUGGUGGAGAAUACGUCAUUGACGUGGAAGAGCCGUACCGCUGCUGUUCACUUGCGGACGUGGUGGAAUUUUUCGUCACCAACAGCAAGCGCGUCCUCGUCCCGCUCGCUCUUGACGAGAGCUACGCCAUGACUUUGGAGAUCAUGGAGACAGAUAAAGAAAGUGGAGAGAGUACCUCAAUACCCACCCAGAUGUCCGCUGAAUCCCGGUGGCCUCCAAAAGCAACUGCCCCCCGGGGAGAGAAGCCCUUCGUGAGCCCUAGGGGUCAAAAGCCCCCUGCUCGUCUUCCGCCAAUUUUUCCGGUUAAGCCCCCAGUCCCGGGAUCAGCCACCGCCACACCCGAGAGAGUCUACGAAGAGGAGGAUGUCCUGGAACAGACAUAUGUGAACGACGAAGACGUGGCGGAGAUGAGACAGACCAGGCCAUCCAGAGAAUUUAAAGGCGUCCCUACACCCCCUAGCAAGCCUGCCAGCGGUUUUGGCCUCCGGAAAAAGACGGAUGGUGCCCCCACCCGCCUAGCGAUGUCUUUACCCAGAAACCAUUGCAGUGGGAUGACUGAGGAACUGAAACGGAAGCUGCAAGAACGGAGAGCUACACUGGAAGACUGAGGAGGCCGCGUCCUUCACCAAAACACUGACCAAGAGUAAGGGAAGGCUGGUUUAAGUGGCCCAGCGGAACGUUGCUGGCCAAAACUUCACCUGGAAUUCCCGCCAGCCAGUCUCCCCUGCCCAUCUUCAGUGACACCAUUACGACUUUAUAUUUCAAAAGGGCUCCUCUUCCCACUCAAAGGGCUGAAUCAAGAUUGUUUGCCGCCUGAGUUGACAGCCAAGAUGGGUCCGUCCCGUGUUGUGAUGGCAGUUGAAGCUCAUUUCAAUCGUGAUUAUGGGAUAGCAUCCUCCACCACAACCAAGCCAAAAGGCCAGUUUAGAGGACCCAGGACAGGCUGUGUGACAUAUAUAGCUCUCUCCUCCAACAGACAGGAAGUUGAGGAGGAAACAGCCGUCCCCAGCAUCUGCCGCCUGAGGCCAUCACCUCAUCCUACCUAGUGCCCGGAAGAGAGAAGAGUCUGACUGAAGGUUAUCCCCUCUUGUUCUCCGACUGACUUGGGGAACACAGAUGACCAACACGGCCCUGAAGUGGAGAGAAAUGGGAGAUCCCAGAGACGGUUGUCUCACCGUUUGUCGCAAAAUGGCGGCCCCGAGCCUGGGCGACGGGGUGCCCAGCUUCGUUGUGUCAGGCCAGAAGGAACUCAGGAUCAAAUUAAAGGCCAGUGAAACCCAAAGUACUGUUUCUGACAGUGCCCUGCCGGAUGCCAAAGCAAGAAGCCCACUGGGAGGACAGCGAGUCCUACUCUGCUGUUGCCCCCUCCCAAACAGGCUUCAGAAGUAGACAGCCUCUGGAUAUGAAGGGCCAAGGGAAGGCGGACGGGCCAGUGUCCAGUUCUGGGCACUGGAGUUGAAGAAGGAUGUAGACAGCUGUUUUUUCCAGGCGUAAGAGUUCUCGCUCUGGUGGUCAGACGGAAGCACAGGAGACGUUGAGGCCUACUUGCUCCCUGCAUGUCCAGCAAGCACAUGGGAGCCAUGAGGAGGAAGAAGAGGAGGAGGAGGAAGAGGAGCUGUUGACCAUGGCGAUGAGAAUGUAGACUCAAGGGAGUCCACUGAGGCUGUCUUGAUCAAGGGCCCUCCAGAACCUGCACCCUGGACAUAUCUGUCGAAGAACGGGCCUGGUUUUCCAGGGUCUAAACUCACCGCCAAAUGCAUCGUACCGCAGAGAUGGAAAGCCACAACGUUGUACCCCGAUGGGCAAAAUACCUCUUCACUGCUCAUGGGCCAACCCUGGACGUCAAAAGAAGGAGAUAAAACCCGCCAUGUAACGGCAGACCGAGGGGGCGGGGGAUACGUUCCCCCUCCUCACGCACGGCCCACUUUUCCGCGCAUUGAACAUCAUUUUCUUCUCUUCUUCUUUCUUUUCAGAUCCUUCCUUUCCUUCAUUUUUUAUUUUCCUCCUUUUUCGAAAAACAUAUAUAUAUAUAUAUGCAAAAAAGCAAUACCGUCGUAGGCAAAUGAGCCGAAAGGAAAGCGAUAAUUGUAAACAGUUUAAAAUUGUAAUAUUCUGAACUUGGGAAGGAAGGGACUGCCUAUUCGCCUCGAGGGCAGAUUUAAGGUUUUGGUACUAGUGUAUAAAGCCAUAAAAUUUCAUAAUUUCUGUGAACCGCCCAGAGAGCUUCGGCUAUUGGGCGGUAUAAAAAUGUAAUAAAUAAAUAAAUAAAUAAAAUUUGGGAUUAGGAUACCUGAAGGAGUGCCUUCUCCCUUACCAACCUGCCUGGUUACUGAGGUCAUUAGUGGACCUAUGGAACAAUUAAGAGUCCACCAGGAGAAUUGCCUACACCGUGGUGGCCCCAUUUCUCUAUGGAACUCCCUACCACUGGAGGUCAGGCAGGUUUGCCCAACACUGUGCUAUUCCCGGUGCCUCUUGAAGACAUUUUUUGAAGCCUUCCUUGACUGACCUGCCACAUUUUUUUUUAUUGUUACGCUGUUUUUUUAAAAAAAAAUAUAUCAAUUUUUAAGAUGGUGUUUUACUGCUUUGAUCUUUCUAUCAUUUUAUCUGUUGUUAUUCGCUGCUCCGGAAUUUGUUUAGAUGUGGAGCGGUAUAUAAAUUCUGUAAAUAAAUAAAUAAGGAAGGAAGGAAGAGGGUUUCUUCUGUUGUUAAACAUAAAAUAAAAAAACCUUUUAAUAAAUAAUA